UUGUUCAUCUUUUUGGCGGGAUGUUGUACACAUGUAUAUUGAUGUCAACAAUAAAUAAAUUGUGCUUGGACAAAUCUUUUAUUGUCAAUUUCUAUUUAUAAACGUACUGAUUAAUUCCAGAAUAUCUGAUUUAUAAAAUAAUCAAAUAAAAAUAUGGCAACAGCGAGGUUACACAUAACAGGCAAAUAUUUGCCCCAAAGCAUUGACAAAAAUGUGGUGAUUGAGGGUAUGCUAACCAAAAUCAGCUCUGAUGGACGAAGUGUUGAAUUAACUACGUUUGAUAAGAUUAAAGUUAAUGUUGCCUUAUCACAACCUUUUGAAGGUGAACCUAGUGGGAUUAUGCAAAUUUUUGGAACUGUAAAAUCGAGAACAACAUUAGCUGCAACAAGUUAUGUUGUAUUUCCAGACGAUGAUGAAGGAUUUGAUCCUGAAGAUCACAAUGACUUUACAACUGUACUUCAUGUAACUGGUCGUCAGAAUCUUCUUGAAAGUUCGAACAUAGUAGCAGAAGAAACAGGAGAUGGAACAGCUGAUACAAGCUAUCAAGAAGAUUACGGAACUGACAUGUAAUUUUAAUUUUAUUUUAUAUUAAUGUAAUUAAAUAAGUUUGGAUGACUUUAAAAAAGUUAAUAAAUUAAAAAAAAAAUGCA